AUGUAUGCCAGCUGUUGGUUCGGAGAUUACGUCCCUUCCUCGAUUCCUCUUGUGCUUGAGAUAUGGUGUGCAUGGUUUCCUACACGUCAGUCAGACGCCGAUGUGUGUUUUGUACCUGCGAACCAUCAGUAUGUCGGCACUGGCCAGCAUGAUGCCCGCUACGAGUUGGAGGGCCAUAAUGCACGCGGGGUUGUCAACUUCACGCUUCGAAGCCUCCUACCCAGAGUCCGUCGCCACCGUGCACUUAAUAUCAACUCGUUUCGUGACAUCAUGGUUUUACGAAGCGGGAUGUUGGUCUCAGACUGCGUAGACCACGACAACCGGGACAUUGUAGCCUUUCUACAGAAGGCUGCACAACUUCCCGCGUUGAUCAUCCCCUCAGAGGCUAUCGACCUGUGGUCCGGACAGCCGCUCGCCGAGCUCGACCGACUUGGCUUAUACAUACGACAGGUGAAGCACCUCACUGUCUGCACUCCAAGUCCUCGCAGAAUGACCAUAAUAUACACCUUUUUGUACUCUUUAACAAGCUCGCGGCAAAAUGCUCAUGUGCGUGGGCGAAUAACACCUGAUUCAAAGAAGAGCGUCAGCUGCUGUCCUGCCCCUUUUUGCAGCCAAAACGCCCCACCGCGUGAGCUUGAUAGAGACUUGCCGUUAUCACACAGUUCAGCAUGGAACCCGCUGAGGCUCGUGUUGCAGGCAGCCCUUCAAGAAGGACUGGCCGCCGAGGAAUGGCAGGUGAGUAUAGACGCCCGAGUACGUCUAUGCGAUGAGUGGUCCCGCGGGUUGCAGCCUCAGUUCGGACAGUAUAACCCUGUCGCAGCGGCGGUCGACGUGGCACCGCUUUGUAUUCGAAUUAUGUUACGUCUAGCUCAAGAGAUUUAA